AUGAGCAUUACACCUAUUACGGACGAUAGAACAGGUAAUGAAGUUCGUAUGGAUAGGUCCAACAGGUAUAAAAGUAAUAAGCGUACACCUUUGAACGAUAUCACCAUUACACCUACUACGAAUGACACAAUAGGUACGGAAGUUCGUAUAGAUAGGUGCAACAGGUACAAAAGUAAUAAGCGGACACCUUUCAACAUUGACAGCAUUACACCUACUCCGAAUGACACAAUAGGUGCUCAAGUUGUUAUAGAUAGGUCCAACGAAAGUACAGUUACGACCUUAACACAUAAUGUCAGUACUUCUAUCAUGGAAUGUCGCAACUUAAACAAAGACUUCAAUGAAGCAUGCACAGAAGAAGAUACCACUAUUACUGAAUCAAUUGGAAGCUUGCAACCAAACAGUGGUGCCCCACCAAAGUUUGCGCAAUUGUACAUCCAUGACACGAACAAUGAAAUUACGAAUCGUGUCAAUUCAAUAAGUGUGAAUGGAACUUCUUCAGCGGAUGUACAAUUAGCAGUGGUCAAUGAUAUUAAGGAAGCGUUAGAUGAGCACAAUGUCUUGGUAAAGUCUUUCAGAAUGGCUAGGAAUGCGCUGCAAAAUGACAGAACAAGAGAAAUCAAGAUGAGACUAAUAGCAAAAAGAACAACUGAUGCCAGGACAUAUAAUUUGCCAACAGUAUCGGAGGUUGCAGCCCUAAUUGUAGGUGACCUUGAUCCAAACAUGGGGGUUCGAGAUAUUUUGGUUGAGUGUAAAACAGGGAAAUUGAAGAGAAUUAAUGAAUUAAACCCGGCAUACUUACCAUUGCAGUAUCCUAUUCUUUAUCCGUAUGGAGAAGAUGGUUAUCGCGAUGAUAUCCAAUUCAAUACGACCAUUACUCAAGCAGGUGGUAGUAGACAACGUAUCACUUCUCGGGAGUAUUUUGCAUAUCAAAUACAUGAAAGGAGAAGUACAUUGUCUACUUUAUUGCAUGCUAAAAGGUUGUUUCAACAGUUCUUGGUUGAUGGAUAUACAAUGGUGGAAUCCGGUCGUCUUUUAUUCAUACGUAACAACCAAAAGGCUUUGCGUUGUGAAGUAUACAAAGGUUUGUCAGAUGCAUUGUUUAGAGGAGAUAUAGACCCUGCAACUCAAGGAAAAAUAAUAAUCUUGCCAUCCAGUUUCACAGGCGGUGCCAGAUAUAUGAUUCAAAACUACCAGGAUGCUAUGGCCAUAUGUCGCUGGAUAGGUUAUCCCAACUUAUUCAUUACAUUCACAUGUAACCCCAAGUGGCCGGAAAUUCAACGUUACGUGGGAAUUAGAGGUUUGCGAGCUGAAGAUAGACCUGAUAUUGUUGCUAGGGUUUUCAAGAUGAAGCUAGAUGCAUUAAUUAAAGAGUUCAAGGUUGGAAAAUUAUUUGGACCUGUCAAAGCAUUGAUAUACACAAUUGAAUUUCAAAAACGCAGACUGCCGCAUGCUCAUAUUGUCAUUUUCCUGGGAUCAACUGGUAUCGUUUCAUCUCCUGAGUUAAUUGACUCCUUAAUCUCAGCUGAAAUACCUGAUAAAGAAAAGGAUCCUGAAUACCAUCAAGCAGUUGAGGACUUUAUGAUCCAUGGUCCUUGCGGUCUUGCCAGAAAAAAUUCACCUUGCAUGGUUAAUGGGAAAUGCUCUAAACACUUUCCAAAGAAGUUUGUUGAUUUGUCUUCUUUUGAUCAAGAUGGAUACCCCUUAUAUAGAAGAUGUGAUGACGGCAAAACAGUCAAAAGAAAUGGCAUUGAGUUGGAUAAUCGGUAUGUUGUUCCACAUAAUAGAUAUUUGUUGUUGAGAUACAAAGCACAUAUGAAUGUGGAGUGGUGCAACCAAUCCAGAUCUAUAAAAUACUUAUUCAAGUAUGUCAACAAAGGUAAUGAUCGAGUAACUGCUGAGUUUUAUCAAAGUGAAACAAAUGCUGAUGGGGUGGAAGUAGUCGAUGAGAUCAACAUGUACUAUGACUGCAGGUACGUUUCAGCAUCAGAAGCUACUUGGCGUUUGUUGAGUUUUGAAAUACAGUCUAGAUCUCCGGCAGUUGAGAGACUUAGCUUCCACUUGCCAGAUAGCCAUACUGUUUUUUUCCAAGAUGAUGAGGACGUGGAAUCAGUUUUGACAAAUCCUACUUUGGGCCAGAGCAUGUUCACUGAAUGGUUUGAGACAAACAAAAAAUACCCAGAAGCUAAGCUAUUAACCUAUCUUGAGAUGCCAAAUAGAUUUGUGUGGAAGAAAAAUAUUCGUCAAUGGCAACCAAGACAAAGGGGUUUUGCAGUUGGUAGGAUAUUUUAUGUACCACCUGGUAGUGGUGAGUUGUAUUACCUAAGGUGUUUACUGAACAUAGUCAAAGGUCCUACAAGUUUUAAUGAAAUAAGGACAUACAAUGGAGUUGAAUACCAGACUUUUAAGGAGGCAUGUUAUGCACGGGGCUUAUUAGAAGAUGAUAAUGAAUACAUUGAUGCAAUUGAGGAGGCUAGCCAGUGGUCAACUGCCUAUUCUUUGAGAAAGUUGUUUGUUACUCUAUUAAUGUCAAAUACAAUGGUUUCUCCAGAAACAAUUUGGAACAAAGUAUGGCUACAUCUAGCUGAUGAUGCUCAACACAGUUGUAGAAGACUACAUAAUCAAUCAGAUUUGUUUUUAAAUGACGAACAGAAGAAGGAGUUUGCUCUAAUACAGUUGUCAAAACUGUUGUUAGUGUACAACAAAACUUUGAGGGACUUUCCAAACAUGCCUGUAAUUAAUGAAGCAAGUACUGUUGCUGUGGAAAAUUGUUUUUUGUGGGAAGAGUUAGCAUAUGAUCGGGCUGGUUUGCAUGAAGAGAGUGAACGAUUACAAAGCCAACUAACUGAAGAACAGAGACGAAUAUAUGAUGCAGUCAUCUCCGAUAUUUAUUCAAACAACGGGGGUUUGUUUUUUGUUUAUGGUUAUGGUGGUACAGGGAAAACAUUUCUUUGGAGGGCACUAUCAGCUUUUAUUAGAGCAAAAGGUCAUAUUGUGAUCAAUGUUGCAUCAAGUGGAAUAGCGUCUCUACUACUUCCUGGUGGAAGAACUGCACAUUCCAGGUUUUCAAUCCCCAUAUCUGUUAAUGGAGAUUCUACAUGCAAUAUUACUCAAGGUAGCCAAUUGGCAGAACUAAUUGUGCAAGCAAAAUUAAUCAUUUGGGAUGAAGCACCCAUGAUGCACAAACAUUGUUUUGAGGCUUUGGAUAAAACAAUGAGAGAUCUAUUACGGUUUGUAAAUGAGGACAGUGAUAGUAAGACAUUUGGCGGAAAAACAGUUGUUCUAGGUGGGGACUUUAGACAAAUCUUACCCGUGGUGCCAAAAGGAUCAAGACAGGAUAUUGUAUCUGCAGCUAUCAAUUCUUCAUAUCUCUGGACUCAUUGCACAACAUAUCUGAGUUCAGACACGACAUGUAAAGCAGAUGGUUCCAGUUCUGUGCUAUCGGAUGUACAUACACCUGAAUUCCUUAGUACCAUAAGAGCUUCUGGGCUUCCAAAUCAUUCUUUGACAUUAAAGGUAGGUUCACCAGUAAUGUUAAUGAGAAACAUUGAUCAUACUCUUGGAUUAUGCAAUGGAACUAGGUUAGUGGUAACUAAAUUAGGUAACCAUGUGGUUGAAGGUAGCAUAUUGGCAGGUCCGAAUGCUGGAACUAAGGUUUUAAUUGCUAGAAUGACAAUAACCCCAUCGGACCCAAGAUUACCUUUCAAGUUCAAUAGAAGACAAUUUCCCCUAAUGUUGUCAUAUGCAAUGACUAUCAACAAGAGUCAAGGACAAACACUUUCGAAAGUGGGAUUGAUUCUAAAGAAACCUGUUUUCGUCCAUGGUCAAUUAUAUGUAGCUGCUUCAAGAGUCAGUCAACCAGACGGACUAAAAAUUUUAGUUUGUAAUGAAUCAAAACAAAACUGUAAUUCUACUACAAAUGUAGUUUACAAAGAGGUUUUUAAUAAUUUGUAA